AUGGCGCAUUAUCCAGACAAUCUCGACGACAAAUAUUUUCGCCUGGCGACCGUUGGUCAGGCAAAUCAUCCCGAUACAGGCGAAGCAGUGCCAAGUAUCACACUCGCGACUCAUGAGUUGCUCGACGCCGUGGAGAUAGGCUACAAUGCCUUAUCAUACACGUGGGGUGCCCCGCGAAUCAUUAUGACAGAUGAGGAGAAGGAUGCGAAGAGGUCUAUAUUGAUGAACGAACAAAUAGUGGAUGUGCAGCCUAACCUUUACGAUGCUCUUCAUGAGCUUCAGACGGCUUGCGAGGGGAUUCCCAUCUGGAUCGACGCCUUGUGCAUCAACCAAUCUGACGACUCUGAGCGCUCUGCCCAAGUCUCCGUCAUGAAUCAGAUAUACGGAAAGGCAAAGCGCGUUAUUGUCUGGUUGGGAAAGCCAUAUCCAGAGCUGGAAGCAGGGAUCAAGGCAGCCGAGAGGCUCGGCACCGAAUCAGUCCCUCACAUUCUCCGCAUGCUCGGAACGCAGACGUGGGACUUCACUUACGAUAUGUCCCUCAUGCCCAAGUUUUAUGGCAUGGGGCCCCUCAAUGAAGAAGAAGUGAUUGGAUUGUUUCACCUGUUAUCGUGUAGAUGGUUCGCGAGGGUAUGGGUUAUCCAGGAAGUUUCCCUCGCAGAAGACAUCGUCGUUAUGUGUAACCAAAAGUUCACCCCAUUCGAUUGUGUGGGCUUGACAGCUACCUUUCUCCACUACAGUGGCCUCGAGUUGGCAUUGAUGUAUUCGGUUACUCGAGAGCACCCUGCUUACCCACUGAUGCUUUCAAUGAACAUUUAUCAAUCCGAGAGGUUGCAAUUGCUGCGUGAAUGGUGCAAAGGCGAAGCCAGUAUGUGGAGCGACGUACUGUCCACCAUCGACUUUGGGGCCGGUCUCGCUCAGGAGCACCAGAAAUCGUCAUCCAUGUUGAUGCUGCGUCUUCUCUUCUCCACCUUCGGAUUCGAAGCCACCGACCCCCGAGAUAUUGUCUACGGUAUGGGAGGCAUCUUGAAGCACAUGGCUUCUGAGCAAGGUCUUCCAGUUGCUUCCGCGUUUGAGCCGAACUAUGCGACCAAAGCCAAAGACUUGUUUACGGAUGUUUCAAGAAAUAUCAUUGAGACGACAGAUUCUUUGGUAUGCUUGACGAUAUUAAAAGAUUUUAGUGCGCGACAGACUCCUGGUCUUCCGUCGUGGGCUAUGGACUACUCUACAGUGAUGUGCAACAGCGUCCACGGUCCGCAAUUCAGAUCAGUGGGUGUUUUCGAUGCUUCCAGAUACACACCCAAAAUCACGACCAAGCGCCAUUUCACUAUUGAAGAGGAUACUCUCACGGCUUUUGGGUUUCCUUUGGGGAUCGUUCAAAAAACUGCGGAGGAUUUUGAGGAGAGUUUCCUGGGCCGACUUGACCGACUGGCAGACCUUCUGCUUACUAUGGAGCCGGUGUACCCUCAUACCAACCAACCAGCCGAUGAAGCCCUAUUGAGAACCUUGAUCUGGGACAGUGAUCUCACUAACCGGCCUGCGCAGAAUGUCAAGCAUGAACGCUUUCGGAAAAUGAUGUUGGAACAAAUCACAAUGGGUUUGAAACGGAAAUACGCAGCGGAGGCAGAAAAGUCUGCUGUAGAGGAUUUGGCGUUAUCCUCGAUCCAAACCAUGGGAUAUCUCGAUAAGGUAGCAGCCAAGUAUCCUUCGAGCUUCUUCCCGAGCGUCAACCUCGUCAAAUCAACCUGUGCCCAAAUGGGACUCAUAAAGCCGCAACAGGAGGGAGGACCGGUUACUGAAGAGAUCAAGACACCCGAAACGCCUUCGUCCGAGAAGGUCAUACCGCCUAGGAUUGUACUGGGGUCUAUGUGGUAUGCCCGCAGGCCGUUUCUCACAGAUACGGGAUAUUUGGGGGCGGGAUAUAUGUCCAUCGAAGCUGGUGAUGAGUUGUGGAUAGUCUCGGGAUCUCCAGCACCGUUGAUUUUGAGAAGGACAGGCGCUCGGGAUGAUGAGUUCACUAUAGUCGGCGAGGCCUACGUGCACGGGAUUAUGCAUGGAGAAACGGUCACUGGUGAUGUUGUUUGGAAGAAGAUUUAUAUGAUUUGA